AUGAACCAAACCAAUUCAGGGGUGCUCCGAAGUGUGUUCUACGACCUUGACCUGAGCAAAUGGUCGCGCACUGUGUGUGGCUUGAUUUUUAUCAUGGUGAUAUUUGCAAUCAAAUACUCACAAAAAAAGCCGAAAAAAUCGGUGGUGAAAAGAGACAUAAAUGCCAACAGAAAAUACGGACAUUGGACUCCCGACUACAAUUUCAAGACCCCUACGCCGCCACCGUAUCCAAACUGGGACAUAAACACAACCAGACCUCAGCCGUAUCGGGCUUUUAGACACAAGUAUAGUAUCACCAUGGCCAUUCGCAACAUGGAUUUCCAUCAAUGGAUCGAGCUAGAUAACGAAUGGCUCAAGUUCCACAACCACAAGUUGGAGAGAACGCGGGAGAAGAAGCAAGAGUUGUGUGUUACCAGUCCUGAAGCUCGGGACGCUGCAUUUGAGUUGUUGGAUGAAUUGUGGAACUAUCUUCCCCAUAGAUAUCCUAGUUUAUUCCAACAAACUCCAGAUGGUUUGAGUAAUUUGGUUACGGGAGAGUCAUGGAGCUUCAAAAACGGCACCAAGGAGGAUCCUAUGUAUAUAGCGGCCAUGCUUCUACAAGACGAUAUAGCCAUUAUGAUCGAGCAGGAAGAUGGUCAAUAUGUGUUGAAAGGAGGAGCCAUUAUGUUGGCUGGGUUCUGGAGACUCAAAGACAAGUUCAAUCUCCCAUUGAGUGCCAUUCAUACCUCGGGAGAUGUUCCAAAGUAUAAGGAAAAAUUGCAAACUGGAAUGGAAAAGUUCUUUAUUCGACAAACCUGCGAUAAGCCGGUGGUUCGCAACAAUUAUUUUAUUCAAACCGAUGGAAAUUUGCCAUGGUCCAAGUCGAUUGGUGACGAAGAUAAAGACGUGGUUGGUUGGUACACCGCUGAGCCUGCAAAGGAUAUCAAUCAAUUGUACUUUCGUAGUGAGAGACAAAGUUUGAGAAGAUUGCCAAAAACUGGUGCGACAAUUUUCACCAUCAGAACUUAUUUUUUGCCAAUUACCGAACUUGCACAAGAACCAUACGUUCCCAGAAGACUCUUGAAUGGCAUCAGAAGCUGGGUUCCUGAAGUCCAGGAUUAUAGGGGAUACACCAAAUUCAAGGAUGUGGUGGAGCCAUACUUGGAGAAAAUGGCAGAUGAGCAGGAGGCCAAGGGCUAUACUGUAGAGACGGAGCCAGAAGUAUAUCCAUACUAG